AUGGGCGGCAACGAUACUCAGACUGGAAACUACAGCCAGUGUAAGGCUGCUCCUUUUAUACCAGGUCACAACCUGGUGGGGGAGGGAUUUGAUGUGGUCACUCUGCGACGAAAGGGAGCCUACGUGAUUGAUGUGAAUACCUACCUCACACCAAGUGAAACAUGUACUCUCUGCUCCAACCCGCUUCAAGGCAACAUGCUGCAGAAACUGCCAGUCUCUGCAGUGGACUGGCGUGCAUUCAGCCGAUGCAGUGCCGAUAUUUACAGCAGCAUCCACACCUCUGUUAGAUCUCUGGUUGACACCUACACCUCCCAGGACAGUACUGACUGGAAGACUGGCCUAGAUUUAGGGAUAUUUGUGGGAGGAAAGCAAUCUGCUGUGUAUAACUUUGCAUCAAAAAGGGCCACAGAGGACCGCCACAUCUUCAGCACACACAGGGUCACCUGCAACCAUUACAGUUACCGAGUAUCAAACAGUCCGUCUCUCAGCUCUGAGUUCAGUAAGGAUUUAACCAAGCUACCACAUUUCUACAACAGCUCCACCAGAGCUCAGUACAGUGAGCUUAUACACACCUACGGCACACACUACAUCCGCCAGAUUCACCUUGGUGGUCGACUGAGGCGAGUCACAGCUGCACGAACCUGUCUGUCCUCACUGAAUGGACUGUCCUCAAAUGAGGUCCACUCCUGUUUAUCACUGGGUUUCUCUGUCGGCUUGGGAAAAUUGAAAUUAUCCAGUAACAGACAGUCUUGCAACAAGGUCCUACAAAACCAGGGUCUCUCGUUUAUGUACAGCACUGGACUCCACCAACACUACACAGAGGUGGUAGGAGGCAAUGGUUGGUUGGGAGAGUUUGCACUUACCCAGAAUGACUCCCUCGGCUUUCUAACUUGGCUGAGCACCCUGAAAGAUCACCCAGAUGUUGUUUCCUACUCCCUUCGGCCAAUCUAUAGCCUGAUGACAAAUGGCACACAAAAGGCAGGGAUGAAAGCUGCCAUAGAGGAGUACUUGGAAGAUAACGCUGUGAGAAAGUCACCCAAUGAGCCAAACUGUGGGUGGCACAUUCCUAAUCUGGCUUCCAACUGCUGUCCUCUGCAAGCCUGGAGGGGGACGCUAAGGGUUACCAUUGUGCGAGCCUGGAAUUUGAAAGGAGAUCCAGUUGGAAAAACUGAGGGGUGA